AUGCAGGCAUUCCAAUACGGCGGUCCAGAUUCGCCAUUUCAACUUCGAAAUGUUCCUAUUCCUGAGCCGGGACAAGGCCAGGCCCUGAUCUCUGUUAAGGCCGCCGGUCUUUGUCACACCGACGCCCACUAUGUUGACGGACACGGCAUUGAAAUGCUGCCUUCCCUUCCCAUCACGCUUGGACACGAAGUAGCCGGGACUGUUGUCAAGGUUGGAUCAGAGCCGUCCCCUGUCCAGGUCGGCGAUCGCGUGGUUGUGGCCCUGGUAGCUCAUCCUGUCGAGAAGGCAACCCGAGCGACAACAAUUGGGCUCGGCUACGAUGGGGGCUAUGGCGAAUUCGCGAUAGCUCAUUACGAGCACCUUGUAAAGAUUCCAGACGGUGUGUCAUUCCCUCAAGCGGCCGUGGCCACGGAUUCAAUCUCGACGGCGUAUCACGCUGCAGUGGUGACCGCUGGAGUUACAAAGUCGUCAACGGUCGCAAUCAUUGGAGUCGGCGGCCUUGGGCUCAAUGCAGUCGCGAUUUCGGUACUGCAAGGCGCCAAGGUCUAUGGAAUCGAUAUCAACGAGGACAAAUACGAAGAUGCGAAGCGCUUGGGCGCGGUCGCGUGCGCCCCAACCCUCGGUAGUUUCCCCGACGUUGCUUUUGACGCUGUCAUCGACUUUGUUGGACUCACGCCAACCAUUUCUGCUGCUGUCUCGUCGGUUAAAAAAGGCGGAACAGUUGUAAUGGUUGGACUCAAUGGCGGUAAUGUUGAAGUUUCAUCCAUGUUGUUGGUAACAAAGAGUAUCAGUUUGAAGGGUUCAUUUGGAGCGGCAAAGGAAGAGCUGUUGGAGGUGUUGAAUCUGAUUGCCUCUGGCAAAUUGACACCGAAGCUGACGGAAAUACCGUUCAAGGAUGUGCCGAAGGGGUUGGAGGAUAUAAAAAAGAAUAAGGUGGAGGGCCGAUUGUUUGUCCGCCCCAGUGCGGAGUAG